AUGUCGCGGCGUGGCUCGGCUCAGUCUGCCAUGGCGUUGUCGGUCGGCGUGGGCGAGACCCACCCGCCAGAGAUAUCCCUGUUCAUGCGGGUCUCGACAAUCAACACCAGCGGUAACGGUAAUGCGGAUGGAAGGAUCACAAGACGAUACUUGCACGCUUUGGAGCAGAAGGCACGGCCGGAACCAGCCUCACGUCUCUCGUCGGGCUCUUAUGAUGAUCCUGAGCAGCAUCUUUCUCCAGAUGUUGACAGCGUUACCGUACAGCCUAGCCCGGCAAACCCUAGAGCUAGGGCGAUGUCCACAUUUCCGAAGACGCAUACAGGCUCCGUCAUCGCCGAUGGAGGCGGAUAUAGGUUCCUCAGACUUCUUUUCACCAGCGAAGCUUGGCGAGGUGAACAAGCAAGCCUCUUACACGGCCUGGCUAGCAAGCCCGGGGCCGCAGAGGCGGCAAUCCCUCCCAACCAACUCCCUGCGCGUGAAGAGGCAAGGCUCAUUUUUGACCUCUACCUCGACGGACCUCAAGUUCAAAAUCCCUUCCUUCUACGUCAGGACAUUGAAACUACCUUUUCCCGCGUCUUCAACCCCAACAGCUCGCCAGCUCCUCGUGAUAUUUUCCGUACAUUCAUGAUUCUAGCAACAGGGAGCAUUACACUGUACAGGAGUGGAAGGCAUGCGCAUCAUUCAUUCGGAUACUAUCGAGCCGCCAUGAGGCACUUCGAUACGGGCUUCAUGGCCGACGGGAUUCCGGCCAUACAGGAUCUCUUGCUAAUUUGCCGCUUCGCCAUCUACCACCAUAUAGGAACUUCAAUCUGGGACGUGAUCCAGCUGUGCGUCCGUAUGUGUGUUCAGCAGGGGCUUCAUCGGCCACCCAGGCGACGUAUUCCGUUAUUGGAGGAGCAGCUGCAGCGCAGGGUUUUCUGGGAGUGCUACAUGAUCGACCGUUACAGCUCGUCCACGCUCGACCGCCCGUUCGCCAUAACCGAUCAAGACAUCUCUGCCGCGAUGCCUUCUCACGUAAAUGACGACGACCUGGUUGCAGCCAGCGCGAUCUAUCCUGACCUGACUAACUUAGAGGGGCGAUAUACCGGGUCUUGCCCGAACGAGAUGACUGUGUUUCUGGCGUGUGUCCGACUUCGUCAAAUCACAUCACGAAUACAAAAGUUUACAUCGGCCACCGCCAGGGGCAACAGCAGGCAUUCCUCUGACCAGCCUCAAUUCCUAGCUUCGGGCAAGGUAUUUUGCGCACUUGACGAACUGCUUGUUGCGCUUGAAGAGUGGCGCAAGUCCACGCCGGUAAUCACAGCUCCAAAGUGUCUCUACGAAAAGCCCGAGUACUUUGAAUUCCUUCACGCGAGAGAGAAACUGCUCCUCAUCCGACGGACCAUGGAUGUCGUCCCGAAACGCAAGGGCGUGCCACCACAAAACCUAUUAGUCCUAUGCCUCAAGACCGCCAGUCGAGGGGUUGAGCUGUUUUCCGGACUGUACGCGAGGAACUCCAUCACCUACACUCGGAGUUAUUUCUCGUUUCUCUUCACCGCUGGCCUCUCCAUCAUGCUCUCUAUCUCAGUCUCUGAAGGAUCCAAUAACGACUCCAUCUAUACAGAUUCCAGUCUGAAAGCUUUGGCUACGUGCGAAGAUACACUCAGGCGGCUGGGAGACAAGCUGCCUGAUGCCAAGCCUUACGUGACAGUUUUCGGAGCGCUUCAUCGCAACGUCGCCAAGAAAUUCAAUCAAAGGAGCAGUAGCAGCCGCCGCACUGUAGUCUCCACUCCAAGCUGGCCGAAUCAUGGGGCCGCGGGAACGGAGCCAUUCUCGGAGCAACAGCACCGUCAGCCGGAGAUUUUUAAUCGAUCUUAUUUGAGCUCUCAGACCAGAUUCCGAGAGCCACCCCGGGAGACUGAUGAUCGAGCGUCUCUCAGCAUGAACAUGUUAGGGUUGAGGUCGCCCCAAAGUGGCGAGACCAACCCAGGGACCAGUGAUUUACAUGGUAUAAGAGCCGAGCUUGACCACUCUGACAUAUUUCCCCUUGACGUUACAUCGCCAAGUGAAUAUUCAACGUUUCCUUGGGUUUCAUUGACAGAGGAUAACACAUUGUGGACUAUGGAAGCUGGACUGGGCGAGUACGCGUACGGGGACGCGAGCUUUAACAUGGCGUUGUUCCAAUAA